AUGGAGGGUGAGGAGGCCCCGUCAUGGCGGGGUCCCGGCGGGGCUGUGCGGGAGCUCUGCCGCUCAUUCGGCCACUACAACCGGCACCUGGCGCGGCUACAGCAGAACCUGAGAGAGACCAAAAGGUUCUUCCGCGACGUCAAGUACUCCCAGGGACAUCCCUUCGCCUCGGCGCCUGCCGGUGACGGCCCCUCCUCCGCCGGGGAUGGGGAUGGGGGUCCCGGGGAUGGCGGCCACGGCCCCGCCUGGUUCCCGCGGCACGAGGAGGAGCAGCUGCAGCGCUCGGUGAGCUGGCGGCCAUGUCUGCUCAUCCUGGGCCAGAACUGCGGCGCCAAGGGCCGGCUACUGAACGCGCUGCUGGGCCAGCAGCUGCUGCCUUUGCCCGGGGCUGGCACCGGGGAGCGCUGCCGGCGCCGCCGCGUGCGCUUCACCCACGGGGCACGGACGCGGCUCAGCCUGGCACUGCCCGGGCAGUACGAGCUGGUGCAGGUGCUGGCAGCCCACAGCGGGCACUGGGACACCAUUCCCGAGCAGGACCUGCAGGUGCCCGGUGACGCCGAGGAUCCCGCCCAGAGGGUGGCAGAGCUGGAGGUGGUGCUGCCCUACGCUCUGCUCAAGGAAGUGGACAUCGUGGUGGCUCCAUGCCGGGGUUUCCAAUCAGCUGAAGCCACCCUGGAUGAGUUUGUGAACCAGGUGCUGCCCGUUGUCACCUUUGCCAUCAGCGAGCCACAACUGUCCCCAUCCGACCAGGCAGAACUUCGGGAAAUCAAGGAAAAAUUCUCCCUGCCCAUCUUCUUCCUUCGAGUGGGCAGCGAACCCGACAGGGACAAAUCCCCUGUGCUGCACAGGCAGCUGCUGGAUCUGGAAUUCCUGACCCCCUCCAGCCCCUGCGGAAUUCCCGGCUCUUCCAUGCUGGAGAAGCUGCGGUUGUUGAGCGCCUUCUCCAGGCAGGUGCUGCAGCAGCACCUGGUGCAGGCGGCCACGAGGCUGAGCGAGGUUCACGGGCGCUGCCUCAACAUCUUCAUCAACCAGGCCUUCGACAUGCAGAGGGACCUGCAGAUCACCCCAAAACGCCUGGAGUACACCCGCAGGAAGGAGAGCGAGCUCUACGAGUCGCUGAUGGGCAUCGCCAACCGCAAGCAGGAGGAGAUGAAGGACAUGAUCGUGGACACCCUGGGCAGUAUGAAGGAGGAGCUGCUGGAGGAUGCUGCCAGCAUGGAGUUCCGAGACAUCAUCAUCCCCGAGAACGGCGAGCCCGUCAGCUCCAAGGACAUCAAACGCUGCAUCCAGCAGAUCCAGGAGCUGAUCAUCUCCAGGCUCAACCAGGCUGUGGCCAAUAAAUUGAUCAGCUCUGUGGAUUAUCUGCGGGAGAGCUUUGUGGGCACCCUGGAGCGCUGCCUCAAGAGCCUGGAAGAGUCCUGGGAGGGAUCCGUGCACCCGCCCCGGGGGCUGGAGAAACCCCGGGAGGGAUCCGUGCACAUCACCAGCAAUUACCUCAAACAGAUCCUGAAUGCAGCCUAUCACGUGGAGGUCACUUUCCACUCGGGCUCGACGGUGACCAGGAUGCUGUGGGAACAGAUCAAACAGAUAAUCCAGCGGCUCACGUGGGUCAGCCCCCCGGCCAUCACCAGUGACUGGAAGAGGAAGGUGGCCCAGGAUGCCAUCGAGAGCCUCAGUGCCUCCAAACUGGCCAAGAGCAUCUGCAGCCAGUUCCGCACGCGCCUCAACAGCUCCCACGAGGCCUUCGCUGCCUCCCUGCGCCAGCUGGAGGACGGUCACUGGGGCCGGCUGGAGAGGACGGAGGGCCUGUGGCUCAAGGUGAGGAAGGAGCACGCGCCCCGGCUGGCGCGGCUGGCCCUGGAGAGCAGAUCCCUGCAGGACGUGCUGCUGCACGGGAAGCCCAGGCUGGGCAGGGAGCUGGGCCGAGGCCAGUAUGGGGUGGUGUACCUGUGUGACACCUGGGGGGGACACUUCCCCUGCGCCCUCAAAUCCGUCGUCCCUCCGGAUGAGAAGCACUGGAAUGACCUGGCACUGGAAUUUCACUACAUGAGGUCCCUGCAGUCCCACGAGAGGCUGGUACACCUGCAUGGCUCCGUGAUCGAUUAUGGCUACGGGGGAGGCUCCAGCAUUGCUGUGCUGCUCAUCAUGGAGAGGCUGCACAGGGACCUCUACACAGGCCUGAAGGCUGGGCUAGAAUUGGAGCCACGGUUGCAGAUUGCCUUGGAUGUGGUGGAAGGGAUCCGGUACCUGCACAGCCAGGGCUUGGUGCACAGGGAUAUCAAACUCAAAAACGUCCUGCUGGACAAAAAGAACCGGGCCAAGAUCACAGAUUUGGGGUUCUGCAAACCCGAGGCGAUGAUGUCCGGCAGCAUCGUGGGCACCCCCAUCCACAUGGCUCCUGAGCUGUUCACAGGGAAAUAUGACAAUUCCGUGGAUGUUUAUGCCUUUGGGAUCCUGUUCUGGUACCUCUGCUCGGGCCACGUGAAGUUACCUGAGGCUUUUGAGAGGUGUGCAAGCAAAGAUCACCUGUGGAACAACGUCAGGAGAGGGGUUCGUCCGGAGCGGCUCCCGGUGUUUGACGAGGAAUGCUGGCAGCUGAUGGAAGCGUGCUGGGAUGGAGACUCCUCCCAGCGGCCUCUCCUGGGAAUCGUGCAGCCCAUGCUCCAGGGAAUCAUGGACAGGCUCUGCCGGGCCGGCUGCGAGCAUCCCAGCAAAGGCCUGGAUGACUCCACCUGAGCGGGAAUUGCGGCA